CGUGUCUGAACCUUGAUCUUUGUGUCUUUUGGGUUUCAUCUCUAGUCUACCCCAACUCGCUUGGGACUAAAGGCUUUGUUGUUAUUAUUGUAUAUUUCAGGAUGGAUGGAGUACCAUCUUGAAAAAACAGCUGAAAACAAUUGGCAUCCUCUUCUACCUCUUGAAUUGAAAUAAAGAAAAUGGGACCGACAUAUAAACACUUAAAAACGUGCUUUUACGGCUGCACUGGAAUAUAGGCUCUACUAGCUUACGAAAAGAACCCAUAUUUGAUGGUUAAGGCAAAGCCAACACAGGGCCAUUGAGGCCCAGCAAUCUUCAGACCCAUAAUGCAUUGAACCCAAAUAAGCACUUCCAUCCUCUCUCUCAAAAAAAAAUCCAUUUCAAAAGCUCAAUUAACCAGUCACUGUUCUUCCAAAACUGCCGAGCUUGGCCAAAAUUUAUAAGAUCUACAAACUUAUGAAAAGAACACAUGUUUUAAAUAGCAGGUUAUAAAAUUUAGCUGCUGGUUCUUAAAUAGUUAUUAGCGUCACUAUAAUCCGCUAUUUAAAACAUUGAAAAGAACAGUUGAAAAAUAAUUAGCAUCCUCUUCUUCCACCUUUUGAAAUAAAGAAAAUGGGACCGGCACACAAACACUUAAAAACGAGCUUUUACGGUUGCACUGGAAUAUGACAAAUGGCACAAUCUCAGUUCACAGGACGAUCUCCGGCUGCGACAACUAAACUAGUCGUCCGUUUACCGUUCAACCCCAGGUCCCAACCAAAAGCAUCAUCCUCCAUGCAUUUUUCAUAUUGCAAAGCCUGCUUAAGCGGCUAAACUAACCCCUGAUUACGUUAAUUAAUCCCACUCCUGCACCCAAGUUGCCCUUCACAUAUUCUUCUAUAUUAUUGCCCGAUGUGAUGGCUCGAAUAAUCCGCAGCGCCUUUGAACCCGGGAAAGAUGAGAAAAGAGGGGGAUAAAAGAGGCAUCCUCCCUUUGGCCUUUAUCCCGGCUUUUUUUGAAAUCAGAGAUACCAUAUUCGACCAAGUAAUAGAGUUAUAGUUCGUACUAAAGAUAUUUGGUGACCCUAGUUUGGUUUUUAUAGUUUUUAUGCAUUUGUACAUGCCAUCUUUGGCUAUGAACUUAUACACAUUGUCGAAGACAAUGGGGGCAAUGACCAUAAGCCCCCCUUUUUUGGUAAAAAGGGUGUUGUGCAUCUGUUCGAUUGCUGGGAUGCCCUUGCCAUUGGUCUGGGAACCUCAAAAUCUUUGUGAGAUGCCGUUGCUUGAAGUGACACGGGAAGUGGCGAGGCUGUGGAGUAUGCCAUGCUAUCGGCCGGCUAUCCCAUGGAAUAUUUUGGUGUUUCCUCUGUCUUCAUCUUCCUAUUGGAACUUUGGCCUCCAAGUUAUGGAACUUUCAGAUAUAUUCGGGUCGAUCAGCAUACGAUGCAUGCACCGCACAAGUCUCCAUUUUCAGAUCAGAUUGAAGAAGAAUGGAUGCAUUCGUUCACACACUUUGUUUCAUUAUUGAAAAUGACUGUACGGUACCAUAUCUGAUCUGUGUAUUCGACAUUGCAACUAGGCUUCCAAAAUGGCUUUCAAGUAUACAUGUACUUGACUAAUCUACUAGAGAGUGUCAUCCCUUCCCAAAUUUUGAAUCCUUAACAUGAUGAUGGCACAUGAGCUUAAGUCCUCGCUUUAAAAGUGGGAAUUUCUUUCUGAAUUCUUUUAUGUAAUAGAGGCAAUCUUGCUUAAAUUUGAAUGUUUUUAAUUAGUUUAACCUUUAUGUUGAUUUGUUUCAUGUGAAAUUCUUGUAAAUCUCUAUGAACAAUUGUGUUCCAAACAAGCCACCCUUCGCCACCGCGAACCGCCCAUAUAUUAGUUUUUGACUACACCGUAAGCUCUCCUAGCUGGGCAAGAAUUCUGCAAUGAUCAUACAAUUAACAAUCUUGUGUGUGCUUUGUGUCGGCAUCAAUACCGUCCUCCCACUCGCACCUCUCCUACCUAGCUUGCUCCCUCCUUUCCAACUUUAAAAGGAGAUCAUCUCUAGAGCUUGCCACAACUCCAUCCAUCCCCCAGUUCCCACUCUCUCUCCCCCAUACAGCCAGCUAGUAGCUACUCUACUCGAAGGGCCGGGCAUGAAGAGCAGGAAGGGCUACGGGCAGCAGGGCCACCUGCUGAGCCCGGUGGGCAGCCCGCCGUCGGACAACGAGUCCGGCGCGGCGGCCGCUGCGGCGGCGGCCGGGUGCGGGAGCAGCGCGGGGUACGGCGGCGGCGGCGGCGGGGACUCGCCGGCCAAGGAGCUGGACCGGUUCCUGCCGAUCGCGAACGUUUCGCGCAUCAUGAAGCGGUCGCUGCCGGCGAACGCCAAGAUCUCCAAGGAGGCCAAGGAGACGGUGCAGGAGUGCGUGUCGGAGUUCAUCAGCUUCGUCACCGGGGAGGCCUCCGACAAGUGCCAGCGCGAGAAGCGCAAGACCAUCAACGGCGACGACCUGCUCUGGGCCAUGACCACGCUCGGCUUCGAGGCCUACGUCGGCCCGCUCAAGUCCUACCUCAACCGCUACCGCGAGGCCGAGGGCGAGAAGGCCGCCGUGGUCGGCGCGCGGCACGGCGACGGCGCCGCGGACGACGCCCCGCUCGGCGCGGGCGCCGUCGCCGCGCCCGGUGACCGCGCGGGCCACCACGACGCCGCCGGCGGCUCGGCGGACGUCGGGCUCAUGAUGGGGGUCGGCGGCGGGUUCGGCGCGGGCGGCGGGACGUCGUCGUACUACGCGGCAGCGGCGGCUGGGAGGGCGUACGGCGGGGACGGGCCGAAGGUGGUGGAGUUCGACGGCGAGGAGGCCGAGAACGGCCGCGGCAUGCAGAGGGGGUUCGGCGGCAGCGGCCACCUCCACGGCGCCGUGCAAUGGUGAAGGGCGCGCCGUAGCUGUAGGUGUAGGAGGCGACAAACGGCAUAUAUAUGCUUCGUAAUUAACUAAAUUUGCGUACUAAUGAACUGUUGCCGCGCUCUGCAGCUGUUAAGUAGGUGUCGCAGUUUUUCUUUUUUAACUUUUCAUCGAAUGUUUAAUGAAAGGAUUUGAAUUUGAAAGAUUUCUGUUGA